CUGUCACUUAUCACUUGUCAGUGUCGGGUGCUAACUGCUAUGAGGGCUCAUGCCUCAUCAACUUUAAUAAUUAUUGUAUUGUAAUCAACCGGUCGCGGUUGUUUUUUCAUCAAGUUUUAAAUAUUAUUUUGUAUUUGGUUUCUUACAUAUUGUAUAAUUCAAUCCUUUCGGUAAUUUUAUAAUACAAAUACAAACCAAAAAUGAACGCACCGCCUACCUUUGAAUCAUUUCUUCUAUACGAUGGUGAAAAGAAAGUCCAGAAAGAGGAAGAUACUAAAGUUACAAACGCCGCUAUAUUUACGGUGAAUAAGGAGGACCAUACACUUGGCAACAUGAUUAGGCAUCAGCUUUUGAAGGACCCAAAAGUCCUAUUUGCUGGUUACAAAGUGCCUCAUCCACUAGAACACAAGUUUGUACUUCGUAUUCAAACAACAUCAGACUACACACCGCAGGAAGCUUUUAUGAAUGCUAUCACAGACCUCACAUCAGAAUUGUCCCUAUUUGAAGAAAGAUUUAAGGAAGCGAUUAAAGAAAAAAAAGAUGGAUUAGAUUAAGGUGUCAUUUGCUAAUAUUAUGGGUUUUGUAAAAUCUGAAGAAUUUCAUAUUUGAAAAACUUCAGCUAGCCAACUUCAGAAAAUCUAUGAAUAGUUUUUAUAUAAGUGCAGUUAUGUGAAGAUAUUCACCUAUAUAGGGGAAGAUUUUGUUUAAUUAUUAUCUUAAAAAUAAAUGAUCUUAAGUUUUAUUAGUAAGAUUUA